AUGUCACGUUCUGCUCUGAUUGUCGGUAUCCUCAUUCUGUCCUUCGUGGUGGUCAGCCUCGUCAGUGGUAGGGGGGAGUUUGGGGUCAACAGGAUCGGGAAGGACCAGCGCCAGUCCCAGCCGAACCCCAUCGACGACCUCCAUCGGCUGAAGCAUUUGGCGGAUGGCAAGAACAAGGAUCUCCCCUCGCAUGCUGUACGUGAGAUCAUCAGUUCGUCAUGGGACAUUAUUCUCUCAGAGAAGCACGAGUCUACCCCCGCCAGCCAGAAGCUCGCCAAGGUGGAGCAGGAGGCUAGUUUCUAUGAGCAGAUCCAGCAUGACAUCUCGGCGGAGCAGGCUACGAAGGCGCGCGUCGGCCAGCUCAAGCUCUUUGUUACUUUCCUUGCGCGUCGGACCCGCGACGCGUUGCAGGUGCCGCGAGCUAGCGAUGAGAUUUAUGCCGUGGCGAACUCCACCGGGCUCCUAGAGUAUGUCAAGAUAGGACUCAAGGAGUUGGCAGGUACCCCCGAGUGGAGUCCAGGCAAUUUAGGUGUUUCCUGCAUCGCGGGGCGUCAUCAGCAGCACCCACGCGCGAGAGGGGUUCGCAAGAAACGCACGGAGCUUUCCAUGCGGGGUAUCUCCUGGCGGAAGGCCCUCAAGGUCGCUCUCUCGCGUGUGGCCGAGCUCCUGCCCGCCGCGGGCGAUGGCGCGCCAGGCGCCCCCCAAGGGGGCGGCCACCGCCAGGGGCCCCCGCCAGCUGGACCUCGGAGGGACCAAUCGGAGGAGUCGAGGCAGCGAGGACGGCUCGCAGUCAGCCCGGGCCGCCGCUGGCGGCGGACAGGGCGCUCCCGCGCCGCAGGCGGCGGGCGCGCCCAUGAGCAAGCCUCUGGUGUUGGACCCGCUGGACAAGAAGGCCGCGCUGACCAAGGAAUCGGCGUCCCAGGACGCCUCCGAUCACGCCAAAUCGGGCAAGCUGGAGUCGAUGCCCGCCGGCUUCAAUGUGGCGCCAGUGGCGCGCGCGGAGCCUAUGCCGACCGACGACCUCGAACACCAGCUGAUGAGCACGCGGUCGAAGCUGUCGUCGCGCGGCUUCAAAAAGUCCUCGCGCCUGAGGCGGAUGUUCGACGCGCAGAUGUCCCAGCACGAGGCGGCUGUCGCCUCGCGCCCCACGACGGCCCCCGAGUCGGAGGAACCGCGCCCCGCGACAGCCCCCGCCCCAGCGGCGAGCGCGCCCGCCACGCCCCGCGGGCAGCCCCGCAGCCCCGAGAGCGCGGCGGCGGUCCGCCAGAGGCGCGCCCGGGAGCAGAAGGAGCUCGCCGACGCCACCAGCGCCCUCCGAAAGGUGGGGCCUGGCGGCUGGGACGCCCCCUCUUUCGCGGGCUACCGGCAGCGGUUCAUCUCCGAGGGCAUGCCCGGCGCCGUGAAAGGCCUCACCGAGCUCGCGGCCAAGUCCUCGCGCGCCGCCCUGGACGCGGGCGCCUACCGCGCCCCCGGCAGCCGCAACGGACAGGUGAGACUUCCCUUGUGCUCCGCGUUCCGGUGGAUGGACUAUGA